ACAUAAAUCGGUGCAACGGUAAUCUUACAAAGCCUUUCAAGUCCCUUGCACUUGGUUAAUACAUAAAAUAACUGUGUAAUAAUAAAAAUGAUGUUGACUACGGAACAUAUUAUGCACGGACAUCAUCCGCAUUCAUCGGUCGGCGUCGGUGUGGGCCAAAGUGCACUAUUUGGCUGCUCGACAGCUGGUCACAGCGGCAUCAAUCAGCUGGGCGGCGUUUACGUCAAUGGCAGACCCUUGCCCGAUUCCACACGCCAAAAAAUUGUCGAGCUGGCUCAUUCCGGUGCACGUCCAUGUGAUAUAUCUCGAAUACUCCAAGUAUCCAACGGAUGCGUUAGCAAAAUCUUGGGCAGAUAUUAUGAAACGGGAUCAAUUAAGCCUCGAGCUAUAGGCGGGUCAAAGCCCCGAGUAGCCACAACGCCCGUCGUACAAAAAAUUGCAGAUUACAAAAGAGAGUGUCCAAGUAUAUUUGCAUGGGAAAUUCGGGACCGGCUACUCUCGGAGCAAGUAUGCAAUAGUGAUAAUAUUCCAAGCGUUUCAUCUAUUAAUCGGGUGCUGCGUAAUUUGGCCUCGCAGAAGGAGCAGCAGGCACAACAACAAAACGAAUCUGUCUAUGAAAAGCUAAGAAUGUUCAAUGGACAAUCAGGCGGCUGGGCAUGGUAUCCGGGAAAUACAACGACGGCGCACUUAACAUUGCCCCCAACGCCUACAGCAGUACCAACGAAUCUCUCAAGUCAGAUAACCAGAGAUGAGAUUCAAAAGCGAGGUAAACUACAUUGUAAAUUGUACACCAUUUUUGGAUUCUAA